GCAUAUCCGCGAAUAUCGACCGUCCAACGUCAAACCAACUUUAUGCCAUUAUGUUUUGUUGCUAUGGCCAGUGGUUACCAUGACAACAAGAGCCACCGGUUUAACUGCUUUCUAUCAGAAGUUCAUUAUUUACACAGGACUGUCUGAACAGAAUGCAGGUCGCGCAACUGUUCAAGUGACGUCACUGUCUCUCUUACUGCGCAUGCGUGAAAAUUGCGCGCAUGCGUCGUUUACAUCGUGCGUGGCUGAUCCGGCAGUGAUCGGCCUGGUCUCAAAAAGACGUACAUCUUAGGUAGUCGUGGAAGCCAUUAUUCCACACCCUAUAUAUUGCACUUAUAUAGAUAGUAGGGUGUUGUUUGAGAUUUAGCCCACGGUAAUCUUAGUGGAGCUGCUGCAACUGUCUGUAACAGCAACAACAACACACAUAUGUGGCAGGUGAGAGUGGGAAGUUGAGCUAAGUCUUCUCUAAGACAAACCCCUAGCCGAAGACGCUACAUGUGACGCCGCUGCUGUUUUGCUUCGGGGGUUGUUUUGCUUCAACAAUUGUUUUGCAUUAACUGUUUUUUGUUUAACGGUCAUGUUCUCCGUUUGAUUUAUUGUUUUGCUGUAUGUACUGUUUUGCUUCAUGGUUUUAUGUAUUUUGUUGUACUUUAGUUUUGGAUGUAUGUCUGGUUUAUGUUUUGUAACCACAUAUAGUAAGAUAGUGAGUAGUCUGAGAGUGGUAAAAUUAGUGUUUCCUAGCCUCAAACCUGUUUCAGGUUUGUUCCACCUAACCACUUUACUACUAAGAAGGUGUAUGUUAAGCCUUACUGUCUCCAUGCUAUAGUGGCCAUAAUUGUCAUUUGUACUGUUUACCAUAAUUCUGGUUCUGCUUGGUGUUGUCAACUGCCUCCAUUUCUUGUGGUGGUGUCAGUGGGCCUGGGUGUUAUAGCUACCAUACCACAGUGUCUGUAAUAUUUGUCUUUCUGUGUUUUGUUGUUUAGUGUCUGUGUAACUUUUGGGUUAACUGGUGUGUUCUUUCUCUCCAGGAGCUAGUGAGUCUUGGUGGGACAGGGGAGGCUAGCUGCAUUUAUUCGGUGGUGUGCUUCACAGCGUGCUCAGUGUGCCAACACAACAACUAACUUAUGGUGUAGGUAGUGUGAUUUUUAUUUUAUUUAUUUUUUUGGUGUGACUUGCAGUGGGUUUGGAUGACCUCCCGAGUUGUAGCUGGCCUGCCUUGUCCCUGCCAAGCCUGGGCCUGGAGAAGUUCUUAGUUUUAAAACCCUUAUUGUGCUUCAUAGGAAAGUGAUUUUAUAUUUUCAUGUUAAGUUUUAAAUGAUGCUGAAGUGUCAUAAUAAAAUAUAAUUUUCUGUAUUCGUACUUAUGUCUCACUCUCAUGUUCCUUGCCCUGAUUGGUGAAACUUAUGUGUGCCUUUUUGUUUGGGAGUAUUUCCCUGGUUCUCCCCCAGGGUGGUGGUGUUGGAUUUACUGAAUUUGGGAUAAAUGUCUCCCUCCAAUUGGGAAUAUUACCACAUUCUGGUGUGGUCGGCAGGGUAAAUGUCUCCCUUCACCUUGGGAAUAUCGCCACAUUUUUGGUGUAGUUGGCAGGAUUUACCUGGUAAGGCAAGGAUUCAUGUAGAUGAGACGUUCUUAUUAUUCUGAUUUAAUAUUGAUUGUGAUUUGUUCUUUUUUUCGGAAGCAAAACAGCAGCGUGUGUCUGACCUUUCGGGGGACUCUUUGUUGUCCUGUUCCAUUGUGUGGUGAGUGUAGUGGUUGUUAGUAGGGAGGAGGAGAUGCAGGAGUUGUGAGAAUUAGUGGCGCAAUUAAGAGCAGACAACGACCGGUUGUGUCAUGAACAGAUGUUCGGUAAGUCACCUGGUCCUAGCCCCGCUCCUCUUUUUUGCCACCAUGGCAGUGGCUGACCCUCCCCGACCAGUUGAUGCUGAUGCGGUGGUGCCAGAAUGGUUUGUCUUUGUGCCUUGGGACUGACGGUGUCCAAAAUUUAGUGGUAAAUCCGGCGUAGGCAUUGACGAGUGGGUAGAGGAGGCUCAGGCAUGCAUGCGUGCUUGUUAUUUGUCCAACAUUAAACGUCUCCCACCACUUGGGAAAUGCCACACAUGGGUAAUAACACUGUUUUACCAGCGUCUUCAGCACGUAACGAGUUUGUGCGGAUGAAAGUUAAAUCGAUUAUGUGUGCUGACGAACGGAAAACAGCAAGCUUUUCGUGGACAAAAACACGGUUUCCAGUUGUCAUCUGUAGAAAUCAUGUUCCUGCCUUUUUUAUUUAUUUAUUUAUUUUUUUUAUGCCUGUGAUUUAAAUGGAAGGUUCAGAGGCCAGAUCGCUUUGUGGCGCUUGUAGACACAACACGUCGCUUGAUUCAUGUCUUCACAACGUCGGUUGACAACCCACUUGACUUAAUCAAUGCACAGACAAAUAUCGGUAUCCUCUGCCUUUAAUUCCCACUGCCCUGGAACAGCUACAGGCCACCUGGAUCUUCACCAAGCUGCAUGUCUGCAGUACAUACAUCCUAGUACAACCCCAAUUCCAAAAAGUCUUGUCUGGCUGGCAGAGAUGGAGGCAAAGCUCUGAGUAAUAGUUGAGGACUGAAUUGAGAAGUUGGUCCUUCCAUCAGGAAUCCCACCCACUGUGGAGGAACUUCAAACAAUUGUGGAGGAGUUUGGAAUUUCUGAUGAGUUCAGUCUCCAGUAUUUGGACUUGGAAUUUGAAGAUUACUUUACUCUUCAUAAAAGUGACCAAAUUAAACACAAAGACGCCAUAAAGGUUGUUCACACUGCUCCGAUUCUUCUUAACUUGCUUCUUCUUGAUGAAAUUUUAGACGGUUCCUUUGGUCAACUGUCAACUGAGUGAGUCUGCAUCAAAUGCAGAGUCAUCUGCUGGAACAUCGUCUUCACAGGACACCAUUAUUCUGCCUAGGCGAAAUACCACAGAACGAUGCCAGCCAUGGCCAAAGCAGUUCCCUAUUCCACAGUUUGCAUAUGAAACCGAGAUAUACCUUGAAAGAGCCACUGAAGAAUACAAGAAGAAUGGAACACUUCUGACUACCUCAAAGGUCAUAGACAUAAUUGAGAAGCUGUCUGAAAUUAUAUGGACAUUUACAGCUUAUCCAUCAAGUGCACAUAUAAGUGACGUUGCUGAGGCACUUGUCAAGAAAUACACUUUUCUCAAAGAACCUGGCUCCUUCUCAGGUUGCUAUUGCUGGCAACAAAGCAUAAAAUACAAGAUGCCCAAUUAUCGCACCAAACUCCGAGGCUACGGUGUUCCUGAGGUGAUAUACAAUGCACUCAAACGCAAGAGCCCUGCAGACCAGAAGUCUGCAAAGAGUGUAAAAAAAAAAAAUAAAAAAAAAAAAAUAAAAACCUAGAAAGGCAGAGGUAAACUACCCCCCCCCCCCAAUCCAGCAGGAGAGGAUGAAGAAAGUCAAGAACAAGAGCAGAUUCAGUUGUUUACUGAAGUAAGGAAGAGGGACAGCAACAAAUUGAUAAAAGAAAAAAACGCCCCAAACAUUUGCACACAGAAGAAACGAAAUUGUCAGCCUAUAACCGAGCAUAGAGAACAUCAAAGCCAGAUGGCCUGCUCUAUUCGAGGCAUCUCAUGUGAGUUACUAAUGUUAAAUUAGAAAUAUUCCUAGUCCAUUGUGAAGGACUGCACUGGUGGUUUUGCAUAUUUAGCUCUUCAAUACAAAACGUAUGUUAUGUUACUGUCAACUAUCUUCUAAAUCAUAUUUUCAAGAUCAAAUUCCAGAGUCAGAAUUACGUUGAUUCUCGCUGUUAAAUGUUGUAAGAACAAUUUGUACACUGGUUUCAUUAUUUAUCUAUGAGAUCCUGGAUGAGUUUCACAGAAUCACAAUGGUGCACCUUGAAUCAAAGUUCAUGCCCUAGCUGGAUGAAUACACCCUCAGGAUUCUGAAACUCUUCCAGUCCAAGGGUGGAAUCAUGGGGUUGAGGUUGCAGGCCAUCCUACUCAAGGCUUCAAGCAAUCCUAGCAUCAACACGACUACAGAUGUUAUCAUUCGGUGUUUGACGGUGUACCUUGGGGAAUCUACAGACCAACUCUGAAAAGAGUAUGAUGAUGCUGAUGAAGACAGUGUGUCGCAGGACCUUGCUGUACAAAGGAUCAAAAUCUACAACAACGUCAGAGGUUCCUGAUGACAUCGGUAUCGUGGUAGAGGGCAUGAAACUUCUGACGGCUCUUGGUAACUUUCCAAGGGCCUGCUUCAUUCUCCUUGGGUUGAGCUAUGCAGGGAAUCUUGCCUAUCCCAAGGAGCUCAGGUAAGAUCUAUAAGUCUGUGGAGGAGGAGUCUCAACAUAAGAUGACUUGGGUGGAAAAUCGUAAACUGGUCCUGGCACACAACAUGCUCUAGGAAUUAUGGGAAUUUCGGUUGCUCAGGAGGCUGGAUGAACGCAGAUUUUGAUUACAUAAAAGGCAACAGUGGAAUUGACACAGAGGAGUCCUAUCCUUAUGAGGCCAGAGAUAAUGAUUGCAGGUUUAAUCCAUGCACUGUGGGGGCCACUUGCUCUGGCUAUGUGGAUAUAAUGAGUGGAGAUGAGAAAGCUCUACAGGAAGCCAUGGCCAGCAUUGGACCCGUUUCUGUUGCCAUAGAUUCAGGCCACACCUCCUUCCAGUUCUAUGAAACUGGCUGGGGAGGAUUGAGACAAUAUCCACUGCUGGUGUGGACCCUGGUACAGAGGCUGACCUCUGAAUGAUACAUCCUGCUCAGUUUAGAUUAAAUCAUCGCUUCUUGCUCCCUUCCAUAGAAAGCCUUAUAAAAGUUCAACGACGGGACCUCAUUUAGGUAAGAUAAGCUAAAAUUUUACUGAUCCCAAUGAAAAUGUCUGAAUAACUGUCAAUUGCAAAUGGUUUUCAUUAUUCCACCAAGUCAGACUGGUAAGUAAUGCUGCUAUAUUUUACAGGCCCAUUUAAUUGGCCUGUAAAAAGUCAGUGGUUUCUUUCUGGGGUUUAAUGAAUCUAGAAAAUAUCAGAGUUCUACUUUUUAAAUUAAAUUACAGGGGAAAAAAUGAACUUAUUCUACACGAUAUUCUAAUUUUCUGAGAUGCACCUGUAUUUGAGUAUAGUAGAAAAUCACAUACAUUUCACAUAUGGUUAUGAGAGUAAUAUGUGAUUACAUAUGAAAAGCAUGUGAAGGAGCAUUUCACCAUGUUAUGCUCUGAAACGGUAUAUGUAUGCAGGUAAACAUAAUACAUAAUAAUGUGAUCCCAUGUGCAUCAUGUGAAAAUAAAUCACGUGAAAAAUAAAAACAAAUGACAGCGGUGAAGAGAGUGAGCAGCUUUAGGUAUCUCGGCAUACUCUUAAGUGAGGACCUGUCAUUGAGACAGCCUCUCUACCAUCUGUGUCAGCUGAGGAAGUUCAACAUCUCCUCGGCUAUCCAGAAGUCCUUCUACAUCACCACUACAUCCUCACUGAGAACAUCACCACCUGGUACAGAAACUGCAGAGGACUGCAAAAAGCCUCGCCAAGGGUGGUGAGGUCGGCUGAACAGAUCACCAGGUCAGCACUGGCCAGAGCCUGCUGAUCAUCUACACUAGGCAGGUUCAGGACCAGAACAGGAAAGAUCUUAAAGGAUCCCACACAACCCAACAACGGUGUGUUCCAAUGGCUGCGAUCUGGAAAAUGCCUCCGCAACCACAUGGCCAGGACUGAGAGGCUAAGGAAGAGCUUCUUCCCACAAGCCUUCAGAACCUUGAACUUAUGAACACCACCACCCUACAGAUACUCUGCAUAUGACAUUAAUACAUGCACACACACAUCUGAUUGUACGUCACAUAUGGUAUAUGUGCAUACAUACAUACAUACAUACAUACAUACAUACAUAGUAAAUACAUACACAUAAUUGUGUGUUUUUGUAUGAUCUUGUUUUGUCUGCAUUCUUCCUCAGCCCUAUACCCAUUGUUAUAUUGUCUGUAUAGUCUAUUUAUUUUUCUUGCUAUGCACAGGCUUUGGAGUUGCUGCAUCUCAUUUCACUGCACCUUUUGGACCUGCUACGAAUGUGCAUGUAACUAAUAAACUUUUGAAUCUUGUACCCUGAAUCUUGAUUAUUAUUCACUGUUCGUGUGAUCGUGAUUUAUUCACAGUUUGGGUAGUUUCUAUGUGAGAGACCUUCACUUGUGUAACUUGGCUGAAGUAACUGGCUCCAUGUUGACCAUACUGUUUUGAAUUAAGACACUGUGCAUGUGGGACGAUAAACUGUUAGAAAGUUAUGUCAAAGCAUUAGGU